AUGAGGAGCCCUGGGGGCCCAGCUGGGCAUCAAAAAGGCCGCGUACAGAACAAGCAGAGCCAGACAGCCUGCCUCUGUGCCCAGCAGCCUGCCAAAUACCCUGGACCUGCUCCCUUCAACUUGCCCAGGCUGGGCAAGUACACAGCCCUGUCGUCAGAGGCCUUGCUCUCCAGCGUGAUUGCGCCCACACUGCUCUGUGCCUUUCUGUACUUGGCUUGUGUUGCGGCUGAACUUCCAGAGGUGAGCGGAGGGAUGGCCACCGGCAGAGCCAGCAGCAAGGAAGGCCAGAGGGAGCAUGCCUUCAUCCCAGAACCUUUCAAUGGGGCUAACGUAGCCCCCAGCGUUUGGCUACACCGCUUUGAAGUUAUUGAUGACCUCAACCACUGGGACCAUACCACCAAACUGAGGUUCCUGAAAGAGUCGCUCAGAGGAGAUGCCCUGGAUGUCUACAACGGUCUCAAUUCCCAGGCCCAGGGUGACUACAGUUCUGUGAAGGAGGCUCUUCUGAAGACCUUUGGGGACUCCGGGGCUGCCCACGGUCAGAAACCCAGAGAGAUUCUGUUUGCCAACAGCAUGGGUAAGGGCUACUACCUUAAAGGGAAGAUCGGCCACGUGCCUGUGAGGUUCCUGGUGGACUCUGGGGCUCAGGUGUCCGUGGUGCACCCAAGCUUGUGGGAGGAGGUCACUGAUGGUGAUCUGGACACCCUUCGGCCUUUUGAGAACGUGGUCAAAGUGGCCAAUGGAGCCGAGAUGAAGAUCUUGGGUGUGUGGGACACAGAAGUGACCCUGGGCAAGCUGAAGCUGAAUGCACAGUUUCUGGUGGCCAACGCAAGUGCAGAAGAAGCCAUCAUCGGCACCGACGUCCUGCAGGACCACAAUGCCGUGCUGGACUUCGAACACCGCACCUGCACUCUGAAAGGGAAGAAGUUCCGCCUGCUGCCUGUAGGGAACUCCUUGGAGGAUGAGUUUGACCUGGAGCUCAUUGAGGAGGAGCCUUCGGAGGGCUCCCACUAAGAAACCCCUUUCUUUGCCCCCAGGGUUGGUGGUGGGAUCUUGUGUUCGGGGAGACUCAGGGGGUGUCGUUGGGCCUGGCCGGUCUUUCCACUUGUUCUUCUGCAGGAGCCUUACCUUGCCCCUGGUGGGGAAGGGUGGUCAGCUUGGUGGUCUAGAGCAGGGUCUAAGAAAAGCUUCAAGGCUGGCAGAAGCUUCCAGGGACGUUAGGAAUAUUAGAUCCCCUGAGGUGUGGUUCAGUCGCCUUCAGGUCUCCAAGCCUGCUCAGCUGAGCUUGAUCUUGGCUAAGGCCCCCAGGAUUCAGAUCCUUGGAGGAGAGUGCUAACUGCUCUGGGAUUCCUCCCCGGGAGUCCUCCCUGCCUCACAAUGGUGUUCCCUCCUGUCACUUGCCUUGAAUCCCAUGGAACCUGUGUCAAUUCAAAGCACCA